UUUGUCAACGAAGCGCUACGACAUCAGACAGUUACGUCAGCAAACGUCGUGUUAGCUAGCUUUAAAGCAGAAUUUCAAAUUCUUUACCCACAAGUUAACGAAAAAGUUUCCACCAUUCCUCAUUCAACGGUUAGUGAUCACUUCUCGCAGCCUUACGACGACCCAAGGCAACGUUGGGAUCAAACCAGCGACCGUUAUUCAGGCACAAUAGCGCAGGACAGGAUCGUGAAAUCAAGCACCAUUGAGGGAGGCAGCAGCACCGGUGACACCAGUAUUGGCGGCAGCGGUUUACACCUUGCAAUAACGGCUCAUCAAACUGAUACUGAGCGUUUUAACGACAAUUCGUGUAACCGAGGAGGAGGAGGCGGCGGCGUUAGCGUCAGCUGCGGCGGCCAAUCCCCGCCCACACCAACGGUCGGUAAAACACUGUUAAAUACAAGUCCCAAUCUUUUGCCGAUUACCACUGCGUCGGAUACUUUUAACAAUUUGAAAAAUUUAGUCAAGAUUGAUAAGGGUUCCAAUCCAACAAACGGUAACACCAAUAGUGGUGCUAAUAGUUAUCGCCCAAAAGGGAAUAACGUUGGUGGUUAUAAAAAUAACGCUAACCUUGCCCAUACGAUCGGUGUGUCUCCAACAUCUACCGACGAACGUGGUCUAAUUUCCGGUAACGGUAGCGGUUCAUCUGGUUCGGGAAUCGUUGCUGGAGGUCGUGCUGGAGCAGGAAGCUCUUCGGGAUAUAUUAGUUCAACUUAUAACAGGAAUUCCGCCAAAAUUCGUCAAUACGAUUCGGACGUAAGCCCACGACCUCGACGAACUUACCAGGGUGACUCGUCGUCGUCGCGUUACUAUAACAAGAAUAGUGACACUUUGGGACAGGGCCCCAAAUCAGUUGGUACAAGCGGUAACGGCACUCUAAGUGGUGCUGGUAUCGGACGUGCUAUCAUAGGUAACGAAGGUAACGGCGGACGCGGCUCAUACAACGCCGACGGAAGCAACAACAGACGUUAUAACAAUCAAAACUCGUCAGAUGGCGGCUACAAUAGUGCUAAUCGUAAUAUAAACUCAACCGGUGGCGGAGGCAACAGCUAUCGCCAGCAGCAGGGCAACCGUUACGAGAACAGCAAUGGGCAACAGCGGUCUUAUGGCAAUUACAAUAGUAGUUAUUCAAAUAAGCAAGGCUAUGGAUCACGUUCUGGCUACAAUGAUGGAAAUGUAAAUCCGCGAUCAAAUCACCGUGAAGACUACGGUAGCAACAACUAUCGAGAGUACGACGACACACCACGUUCACGUUAUAAUACCGGAAAUAAUAGCAAUUCUAAUAGUCUUGAACGAGGCAACAACGGGCGAUACAAGCCCUCUGAGCAGGGUAACGGCAACGGCCAUAUUCCGUCUGCCUUAAGACAGGGUGGUAUUUCAAUAGAGGAUCGUUACGAUCGUGCUUCUAAUUCGGCUGAUGUUGGUCGAGCUUAUAGCAAUCGUACUCCACCAAUUCGUGGCGGAAAUGUAUCUGGCACCGGAUCAGUACCAGGUGCACAUUCUUCAACACCAACUUCGAUAAAUUCAGCGUCAUCGUCGUCACGUGGUAUAUCACCGAACUCGGCUGGUGCCACAGCCGGAACACAACAUCCUUCACCAUCACCCACGCCACCGCCUCCAUCUGCAGGUCGCUGGGUGCCACCAUCUUUGCGUCCACAACAUGGACUUAGUCAGACCGAAAAGAACGAUGCUGUCUUCAGAAAGGUCCGCGGUAUAUUGAAUAAAUUAACUCCAGAGAAAUUUCAAGAACUCAGCGAUGAAUUAUUGAAGCUCGACUUAAACUCCAUUCUCAUUUUAAAUGGUGUGAUUUUGUUGAUUUUUGAUAAAGCUCUAGAUGAGCCGAAAUAUUCGUCUAUGUAUGCACAAUUAUGCAAGCGCCUCUCCGAAGAAGCUCCAUCUUUUGAAAAAGAUCCCAACAGUUCAUGUACCUUUUUAAGGCUGCUCAUCGCUGUUUGUCGUGACAAGUUUAAUAAUCGUCUCAAACGCGAUAACGCCGACGGUGACAACAAUAAUCAAUUUAACAAAGUACAUCGACCAGAGUCACAAGUAAAUCUUGGCGAAAAUGACACCGAUGAAGAAGAACGGCGUCACCUGGCCAAACAGCGCAUGCUGGGUAAUGUUAAGUUCAUUGGUGAACUCCACAAAUUGGAUAUGUUGUCAACAAAUGUCCUUCAUCAGUGCAUCAUGGAAUUGCUGGACAAGAAGAAGAAGCGUUCAGCCUCACAGCAGGAAAUGUGCGAGGACAUGGAGUGCUUGGCACAGCUGCUCAAGACGUGCGGGAAGGUCCUGGAUUCAGAACAGGGCAAAGAGCUGAUGAAUCAAUAUUUCGAUACCUUGGAACGCCGAUCAAAAUCGACUGACUAUCCGCCUAGGAUACGCUUCAUGUUGAAGGAUGUCAUCGAGCUGCGUGAAAACAACUGGAUACCCCGUAAAGUGGCGACCACUGAGGGACCUGUGCCUAUUAAGCAGAUCCGCACAGACGAUGAUACAAUUAUUCGUACACCGUUCGCACAAAGGAAUCGCGAUAUGCGCAAUAAUGAUCGCGACGGUGAUAGCUGGAUGAAUCGUUUCCAUAUAAAUCUGCAACCAGGCUUUAAUGACAUGUUUAGUAGUUUAAGCGUAACUGGUGCUUCGCCGAUUGUUUCACCAUUUGUUGGUAAUAACUCCAAUCGCCCCUAUAAUGGACGUGAGCGCAAUCAAGGUGGACGUGAUGGCAACAAUUACAACAACCGUUAUAAUAAGCAUAAUAACCAAAAUGGUGGAUCCGGUGGAAAUCGUGAGGACGGACGUGGUGGCCGCAAUGGGCACAUGGGACGAGAUGGUGACUCCUCUGGCCCAUCUCAUUAUGGCAACGGCGGUGCAAACUCGCUGCUAAACAGCAAAGAACUUGCACCACGCUUCAAACGCAAUUUGAUGUCGACCAAUCAGGAUCCCGUUGAAAAUCUGCAAAUGCGUCCUGCUGCCAACUCACUUCUUUUCAAAGCUGCGUCACAAAAUCAUAAACUGCCAGCUAUGUUGCCAAUUUCGACACCGCCCACUGGUAGCAGUGGCUUCGGCAAUAGCAUUUCCAGCCGCAGCGGUGCUCCCAACAAGGAUCAACUGUCCAACACACAAUAUCCGUUACUUGGCACUCCCACGUCGCACCUAAUAAACCCAGGACGCCCCUCCUCCACUCCAUCUGCGGAAUAUGAGAGCGAAAAGAAUGUACAAUCCGCCAGCUUGGGUUUAACUUUAGAGCGAGGUCUAAAAGCUACUUCUUCCUCGCCAAACUUCGGCGCAACGAAUAAUGCUAACGGCGAAAAAGUAAAACCGACCGACAAUAAUACAGAUUACCCCAAUAUGACGGAUGCUGCUUAUAAAAAACGUAGCUCCACACCGGUAGAUCCACAACAGUUGGUCACCAAACAAGGUUCGGUGGAGAAGAUUGCUGGCGCCGGUGCGAAUAAGCAGAAAAAAGAUAAAGCUUUCAAUAAAGAAGAAGUGCUGAAGAAAACCACAAUUUAUGUUAAAGACAAUUUCUUCUACGAUUCCGAUGACGAUGAGGAUACAACUAUCACUGACUCCCCAGUUAACGACCAAGAAGGAGAUCACAAUGAUAGCGGCGUUGCUAGCUCGAAUGCCAGCGAUAGCAUCCAAGGCAAGCAAUUUACUAAUCUAGUAGAUGGAUUUUUGGAUCUCAAAGUGCCUGAGAAAUGUAUGAAGGAUGUGUGCAUUAAUAUCAUAAUGGAUGUGCUGGAAAAAGCCGAAGACAAGUAUUUGAAUCGUGUAAUCAUAUUCAUGCAAGCCUUACGUAAGCAAUGCAAUAUCAAGCCCAAUAUCAUAUUGGAAGUUUUUAAGCAAGUUAUUAAUAAAAUGAACGAACGUGAAGCUUUAAAUCCGCGCAUUGCCACACAUGUUGCUGGCCUGUUGAGCCGCGCCGUUGGCGAUGCUGGUCUACUCAAAUUGACCGAUAUUGCCAACUACACAGACAACGGCCAACAUUAUCCGCUAUUUCUGCUCGUGCUGCAGCAAUUGCACAAAUCCAUUGGUAAGGAGCCGCUGGCUGAGAAAUUCCGUGAAAGUAAAAUCGAUUUAAUGAACAGCUUACCGGAAGUGGAUCGCAAUAAGACGCGUUUAGGCGAAAUAUUAGACGAUCGAAACUUGGCUUUCCUCUAUCCAUUACUAAAAGUACAGGCAGAGAUGUAUAAGCAACUCACAAGCGAUCCAAAUCCCACAGCAUUCUAUAAAUGGAUCAAAGCCAAUGUCGAUUCCAAAUUCUAUAAAGAUGUUGGUUUUAUUAACGCACUCAUGACAGUUAUAGUAAAAUAUAUAACACAAGAGACAACACUAGCAGAAGGUACCGACACCAAAAAACAUCCAGAUCGUGCCACCAUUGAGAAAGAGGAAUCGUUGCUGCUCAAAUAUUGCCAAAUUCUGCAAACAUUCCUGGGUGGCAGCAACGAACUGCAAUUGAUUGCUAUUUAUGCACUACAAGUGUUUUGCUAUAACGAAAAUUUCCCCAAAGGUAUGCUUUGCCGCUGGUUCAAAUAUCUCUAUGAAGCCGAAGUAAUCGAAGAGGAGACAUUUAUUUUAUGGAAGGAGGAAAUUUCAGACAAAUACCCUGGCAAGGGAACUGCAUUAUUCCAAGUUAACAACUGGCUGACUUGGUUGCAAGAGGCCGAAUCUGAGGAUGACGAUGACUGAAUUUAGCAAAUCCAUUAACGCAAUAAAUAAAAACAAAAUAUAUUUAAACACAAA